AUGGACAAAAGCUGGAUGAACUUGACCGAUAGAUUUCAUUCGCCUGCAUACGCCGAUGGGGUUAACACUUUCCUCACCCUUGCACAAAACCAUUCUCAGGGUAGUGAUCGCAUUCGGUGUCCAUGUCGUUCAUGCUGUAAUAAUCUCUUCUUGCCUAUACGAAUUUUGGAGACUCACUUGUUCAUUAAAGGGAUCAAUCUAAAUUAUACCCAGUGUGUAUUUCAUGGGGAGGAGGAAACACGAAGUUUCAAUGAUGAUGGUGACGAUAAUGUUACUGAUUACUCCCACGAGUACAUUGAUGACAUGGACCAUAUGUUAGAUGACAUCUGGGCAAGCACAUUCGUCGAUGUUCCCCAAGAUCAUGGUAAUCCAUCGCCAACUCGUGGAUCAAUACCAGAUCCCUCCCCAAGUUCAUCUUUCGACCAUCUACUAGAGGAUGCCCGACGUCCACUUUUUGUUGGUUGUACAAAAUUCUCAAAACUAUCAUUUAUUGUGAAGUUGUUACACAUUAAGACACUCGGUGGUUGGUCAAUAAAGUCGUUUGAUAUGCUACUGAACCUGUUGCGGUCUGCCUUUCCUGAUGCUGAAUUGCCACAUUCAUAUGAGGAGUCAAAGUCAUUGGAGCGGGGUUUGGGAUUCAAUUAUCACAAGAUCCAUGCAUGCCCCAAUGAUUGCAUCUUGUUUUGGAAGGAGAAUGCUAAUCUUAAUGAAUGUCCUAACUGUAAGGCUUCAAGGUGGGUGCCUAAUACACACAAGGCACGCCUUAUCCCGCAAAAAGUGUUGCGGCAUUUUCCUUUGAAGCCAAGGUUGCAACGUCUCUUCGUGUCUGCAAAGAUAGCAGGUGAUAUGAGAUGGCAUAAAGAGCAACGGCCGACUGAUGAGGCUAGCCUGAGACAUCCUGCAGACUCAGAGUCCUGGAAGAGAUUUGAUGAAGAACAUAGUUGGUUCGCUCAGGAUGCUCGCAAUGUAAGCUUGGGAUGUCAAGUGAUGGUUUCAAUCCGUUCAGCAAUAUGUCUAAACCGUAUAGCAUUUGGCCAGUAA